AUGACACCUGAUGGUAAGCAGUCACCAGCUCAUAGGAAGCGCCAAAGGAGUUACAAGUGCGUUGUUGAUCUUGGUUCACAAGUCACAUUGGGGAAGGUCAGGAGCGGCAGAGCCUCGUCUGUGAGUCAGCAGGGUGCGCCGCCUGCAGACAGUUGCGAUGGAUGUGAGGCGUCACGCGGGUCGCGGCCCGCCGCCGGGUUCGUGCCGUCCCGGCGCGCGGCGCGCCUGCUGGCCGCCGACCUGCUGGCGCUGGCCGCCGCGCAGGGCGCGCCCGCCGCCUUCCUGCGCGCCCGCCCCGACAUGCUGCAGCCCUUCCUCAAGCGGGUCAACGAUAAGAUGCUGAAGGAAACCCUAGCAGCCGGAGUGGCGUACCUGCACGAGGGCGUGGAGGCCGGGGACCGUCGCCUGGUCCAGCAGCUCCUGGAGUCCGGGGCCGUCACGCUCUGCGUCGUGGCCGCCGAGCUGGCCUGGGGACUCGCCGCGCAUGUACACACCGUCAUCAUCGCUGAUACUUAUGUUUACAACGGCAAGCUGCACGCGUACGAGCAGUACCCGAUAACGACCGUCCUACAAAUGAUCGGACGCGCCUGCAGGCCGCUGGAAGACGAUCAUUCCGUCGUGGUCCUCAUGUGUGUCGCCCACCAGAAGACCUUCUUCACCAAACUCCUCAACGACUGUCUUCCCUUGGAGAGCCACCUCGAUCACAGACUCCACGAUCAUAUGAAUGCUGAGAUUGUAACGAAAACUAUAGAGAACAAGCAGGAUGCUGUAGAUUAUCUCACAUGGACCUUCCUCUACCGCCGUCUCACACAGAAUCCUAACUAUUACAACCUCCAAGGAGUCACGCACAGGCAUCUAUCAGAUCACCUCUCGGAGCUGGUGGAGACGACCCUCACGGACCUGGAGCAGUCCAAGUGCAUCGCCAUCGAGGAUGACAUGGAUGUCCAGCCCCUGAACCUGGGAAUGAUCGCGUCAUACUAUUACAUAAACUAUACUACUAUAGAGCUGUUCUCCCUCUCCCUUACAAAUAAGACCAAGAUCCGUGGCCUGCUGGAGAUCAUAUCCUCGGCCGCGGAGUACUCGGAACUCUGCAUCAGACAUCGCGAGGAGAAUAUCAUCAAGGCGCUAGCUGCUAAGGUCCCCCACAAGCCGAGCUCGGCGUCCGGCCCGGUGAAGUACAACGACCCGCACGUGAAGGCGCACGUGCUCCUGCAGGCACACCUCUCCCGCAUGCAGCUGCCCGCCGAACUGCAGGCCGAUACUGCGCUCGUACUCGCCAAGGCCAUCCGGCUGAUCCAAGCGUGCGUGGACGUGGUGUCCAGCAGUGGGUGGCUGUCCCCAGCAGUGGCGGCCAUGGAGCUGGCGCAGAUGGUGACGCAGGCGAUGUGGGCCAAGGACUCGUACCUCCGCCAGCUGCCUCACUUCACGGCAGACCUGGUGCACCGGUGCUCCGAGAAGGGAGUCGAGACGGUGUUCGACGUGAUGGAACUAGAAGACAACGCUCGCGCCAAACUGCUUCAGCUGUCACCGACAGAGAUGGCGGACGUGGCGCGGUUCUGUAACAGAUACCCUAACGUCGAACUGACUUACGAGGUGGUGAACGAGCGCCACCUGCGCGCCGGCAAGCCCGUCGUAGUCGAGGUCUCGCUAGAGAGAGAGGACGAUAUCGCCGGCCCUGUCAUCGCGCCCUUCUUCCCGCAGAAACGCGAGGAAGGCUGGUGGGUGGUGAUCGGAGACCCGAAGACGAACACUCUGCUGUCCAUCAAGCGAGUGUCGCUGGCCCGCACCGCCAAGGUGCGGCUGGACUUCGUCUGCGGAGCCCCAGGGCGCCACACGUACACUUUAUACUUCAUGUCGGACGCGUACCUCGGCGCGGACCAGGAGUAUAGGUUCACCGCCGAGGUCGCAGAGGCCGCCUCGGACUCCAGCGACUCGGAAUAAACCAUUCGAUACUUGUCUUUGCUGUUU